ACUCUUAAAGUGGAGGUGUGGACUCGGGAAGCCGUCACUGUGAACUGUGUACAGCUUUAUUUCCCAUCCAUAGGUGGUGGUACAUCUAAAGAUCGUUAUCGGCCGUCUUAUUGGUACUUAAUGGGAACGCGCAGUCACAAGAAAUGGGCGCAUCUGGAGAGCAUCCGUGAGUGCGAUCGCUUCCUCUUGACAUCGGUGCGUCAAGAGAGACACCUCGGCUAGCUGGAGUCCAGGGUUGGGUGUGAAGUCUUCACUGUGCACCGUGUGCUGCUGGAGUGAAGGUGACUUGCGCCCCGUCGCAGUCAAGGCAAUGCGGAGAGGAGUCACGGGCGCUCAUCCGGUACUUUUCCUGCGCUCUCAGGCUCGUCUGGGAAAAUAUCUGCUCCCUCUUCCACAUUAGAGGGAAAGAAAACGGGAGAGACAGACGGAGGAGCACGAGUAAUCGAGGUGCAGCUCAGCCAGUAUAGUUGGCGAAGGUGAAGUGAGCGUAAACAGAGGAGAGAAUAAGGUGAACAGUAGCUGAGGUGCAGGGCGGUGAGGCAGGAAGAGAGAAAGUGGUGGAGUUUGGAGGGGGAUAACACCAAACCGUUCUGUCCUAGAGCUGUUUUAAUAGUGGAUGUGUAUGCAUGAGUUCUGCAUCGAAUGGGCGCAAAAACCGCCCCAGAUCCGCCGGGAACAUCUUCCAGAUCGGCAAGCCUCCUUACCGAGACCCACAGAGGAGGGAGAGCACCGAAAGUACCCGCAAAGCCCAGCGCGCUGUGGCCGACUGCAGAAUGAUCGUCCAAGAAUUCAAUACGCUAGUGGCUCUGUACCGUGAGCUGGUCAUCUCCAUUGGAGAAAUUACCGUGGACUGUCCUUCCUUACGGGCCGAAAUGCUGAAGACCCGAACUAAAGGCUGCGAGAUGGCCCGAGCGGCGCACCACAGUCUCUCCCUGAUAUCUGGGCCAGAGGACGGGGAGAUUCACCCUGAGAUCUGCAGGCUCUUCAUCCAGCUGCAGUGCUGUCUAGAGAUGUACAUCACCGAGAUGCUCAAAUCCGUCUGCUUGCUGGGAUCCCUGCAGCUCCACAGGAAAGGUAAGGACUCAUGCGGCCCGUCUGGGGCCGACAGUAAAACUGAAGAGAGCUCUGACAUCCCCAUCCUGGAGGACACCUCUUCCUCCCCCACCGACUGUCCGCAGCUCUGCUGGCUGGUGGCCACUGACAUAGAAAACAUAGAAAAGGAUAUGAGGGAGAUGAAGAACCUUCUCAGUAAACUCAGGGAGACAAUGCCUUUACCACUGAAGAACCAAGAUGACAGCAGUUUGCUGAACCUGACUCCCUACCCGCUUGUCCGACAGAGGAAGAGGCGGUUCUUCGGGCUCUGUUGCCUGGUUACCAGCUAGGUGCCCGCCUUGGUGGGUCAGAGGCGGCAACAAAGACACCAUUUCCCACUGUCCUUCACCACUUGUGUCUCCCACCAAUCUAUUACUGCCAUUUUCCAAUAAAUUGUCUCUUUCUCUUUUUUUUAAAGGCUGCCCAUUUUCUAUUUUUAUUUUGUAAUACAAAGAAUUGUAACUGCAGUGUAAUGAAAACAAAAGUCAUGAACAUAUAUUUUAAAGAUAUUUUGCAACAGAUUUGCCGUUUUUUGGUAAACGAAAUCAGAUAUCUGCUUGUCUAAUGUAAAAGAGAAUGCAAGGUCAUCAGAAACUGUGUCAAUGUUCACAAGGCUGUGUGAAUGUAAUGAGGUUUCAUGUUU